UAUCGGUACCGGUGAGAAGAGUUAACUAACUAUAUGUUUCAAAAUUUUCAAAAGAUUACAUGAAGAGGAGAGUUAACUAAACUAUGUUUGCAUAUAUAAUAUUUCGGACAGCUUUUGUAUGUUGUCUUUUAUUGUUCAACAACUAUGCUAAACUUCUUUAUAUCGUUUUCAUGUCACUGGAUUCACAAAGAACUUUUUUUGUUUUGUUAAAGUUUCAGCUGUUAUCCACAAUUUUUUUAAUACAUGCACAUAAACAAAGACUCGUUUUCGAAAAAAAGGACUCGUUUUCGAAAAUUAUUUUGGGUGUCUCCUUAUAAAAAGAGCGAUUUAUUUGCAAAGAUCUUAUAAUUUUUCGAAAAUCAAAAAAUCAACUAGCGAAAGUAGAACAAAUGCAAAGAGAGGACAAAACUCCAAAAAGAAUCGGGUUCCACAAUUACUAGAAUUUUUUUUGAAACACUCCACAAUUACUAGAAUACACAUGGAAAUUUAUAGACCAUUAGCUUGUGUGUGUGGGUGGCCAUUAGCAACUGAUGCCUUUACAAAUAUGCUUUCCUUAUGGUCCUGAUGAAGCCUUUAUAAAUCGUAAGCGACGAACAUAAUUGACUUUAACGAAUGUUUGGACCCCUCCGAGUUGUGAGUUCAACAAACAACGAAGAUAACAGCCGGUGGUGGAAGCAAAACGCAGUCAAACUUCUACCGCAAUUCUAUUACACACAGAUUAAUAUAAAACUUCAAAAUCCAUUAUAAUUAUAUUGUAAUGGAACGAUAAUAAGUUAAUAACAGCCAAAAGCUUGUAAUGAUAGUUCCGACAAUGUUAAUUGGGAUGGAGUUCACUACACUCAAGCUGCAAAUCGGUUUGUUGCACAACACAAUCUCUCAGGUAGAUAUUAUGAGACGGCAUCGGCUUGGAAUCCUUAGAAAUGCCUCCAGAAACAUUGUUUAUGGAGAGAACAAAGAGAAUUGCUAGUUAAUUUCUAUACAAAACUAAGCAUAUACAAUAUAUUAUGUAUAUAGUUGUUAACUGAUUACUUAGCAAGGCCUUUUGUUGUUGUUUCAAGUGUGCAAGUUAGCAUUGUUUAUUAUAGACUCAAUGAAAAGGAUCUUCAAAUUUCUUGUAAUGUUUCUUGUGUCAUAAGCAAUAUGUGUGUAUCUACAAACCACACACAAGUUUGUACAACAGUUUCCACAAACCAAAAGCCACAAAACUUCAUCAGUAAAUGGUACAAAUUUUCAAAAUCAAAUAUAUUUCCGAAUUCUUUAGUUAAAUGUUGAGUGCUUCAAAUAUAUAUUAGAAAUCAGUAAUUAAAAAGUAACAAACGCUCUUCAGAUAAGAGUAUAAUACUAAAACAUAAAAGUACAUUACAGACAAAAACAAUUAGUUGUGUGCAAAGCAAUAAUAGUAAUACAGGUUUUAAUGCAGGCUUUCUGCAUCAUGUACAUCAACACACGGAAAUGAUUCUAAUUACUAAUUAGGUAAUCACAAGAAAGUUGACAAAACGAAAAUAUAAAAAAACAAGUAAUGUAUUUAUUUUUUAAACAGAUUAGCCUAAUUAGCAGGAUCAAAAUACUGCAAAUUAACGAUAUGAAUACUUAGAUAGAUUUACUCAAUUCUGAUUUUAAAACAAUCUACAAAUCCCUUGAAUCACUCAGAACUUUUAUCCUAAAAAGGAGAAAAUCAAAAGCGUUGCUAUAUAUAGGAUUUAGUCGUACUAGAGUCUAAUUAUAAUAGAUUAACAAGAAAACUAUUAGAUAUAUUCACUGGUCAAUAAAGAAGCAAUUAAAUUAGUAAUCUAAUUUAAAACACAAAGCUAAAACCUUUUCUUUCGGGUGUCUCGAGACCAACACCAAGUUCAAAACUUCCUUCUUAUUUCUUUUCCAUGAUUCUCUCUGUCUUUCAAGUUUUAGGUUUCUGAUAAAAUCUUAAAAGUUUCAUGGUUGUAGACAAAAUCAACGUAGCUUCUCCCUUAUGUUGUGUUCUUCCAAUGUACGACUCAAAACAUUCAAGUUAUGUCACUGAAGAAGAUUCAGACGACCUGAAUCAUACUACAAAACACAAAAGAACCAAUGCUAUGCUUUCUGCUUCAGCUCACGAUCUGAGAUGUCUACAGGUAGAAAAAGAGAAGCAAGAUCCUGAAUCACCGAGAGGAGCUCUAGAAGCAUGCUUAAACCGAUGCUCCAUCUCUUCCUCGGAAGAUCCUCCUCAAAACAAAGAAGCUAUAGAAAACGCAGACGCAGACGUGCGUUGCAAGAAUCUCAGAGCAUCUUCGAACUGGGGGAAGUUCUUCAAGCUUUGGAAACGCAGGUCCAUGAAACGUUUGUCUUCUUUCCCUCCGUUAAGCUGUGCCCCAGUGAUCUCCAAACGCAACAAAAACGCAGAUCCAGACGUCGAUGAUCUGAACCUUCACGAUAUCUAUGACUUCCAAUCAUCUCUUCACAGCUUCUCAAUCACUGACCUCGAAAUAGCAACUGACUAUUUCAACCCUGAAAACAUAAUCGGGAGAGGCGGUUACGCAGAGGUCUACCAAGGAAUACUACCAGAGGGAAAGCUAAUCGCUGUGAAACGUCUCACCAAAGGCACACCAGACGAGCAAACAGCUGAGUUUCUGUCUGAACUCGGGAUUAUAGCUCAUGUUGAUCAUCCAAACACAGCCAAGUUCAUCGGUUGUUGCACUGAAGAUGGAAUGUAUCUUGUUUUUAGACUAUCUCCUCUUGGGAGCCUAGGCUCUCUACUCCAUGGACCUUCAAAAGAUAAGCUUACUUGGAGCAGACGUUACAAGGUGGCAUUAGGAACAGCAGAUGGACUAAUGUAUCUUCAUGAGGGUUGUCAAAGAAGGAUCAUCCACCGUGACAUCAAAGCCGACAACAUUCUCCUCACCGAGGAUUUUCAACCGCAGAUAUGCGAUUUCGGUUUAGCCAAAUGGCUACCAAAGCAGUUAACGCACCACAACGUAUCCAAAUUUGAAGGAACAUUCGGGUACUUUGCGCCGGAAUAUUUCAUGCAUGGCAUUGUUGAUGAGAAGACGGAUGUUUUCUCCUUUGGAGUUCUUCUCUUGGAACUCAUAACCGGCCAUCCAGCUCUUGACGAGUCUCAGCAAAGCCUUGUCUUAUGGGCCAAACCGUUACUAGAGAAGAAAGAUAUAAAGAAAUUGGUGGAUCCGUCGCUUGGAGAUGAGUAUGAUCAGGAUGAGCUUAACCGGUUAACUUCCACAGCUUCUUUAUGCAUAGAGCAGUCUUCUCUUCUACGACCCCGUAUGAGCCAGGUUGUUGAAUCAUUAUUAGGUCAAGAAAGUUGCGUUGUAACACCAAGAGAAGACAAUAGAAAGAUGAUGCAACGAACGUAUUCUGAGGAGUUAUUAGAUAGUAUAGAAUAUAACUCAACUAGGCACUUGAGAGAUCUUGAUCGCAUUCGAGAGGUUGCUUUAGCUUCUUGAAAGUUGAACAAUGCCAUUAUGUAUGUAUGUACUGCAUCUAUUGAUUCUAUUUAGCUAUUAUGUGUGGACUGGUUGUUAGGCCUGUGAUUGAACGCAAGCAAAUGUUGAGACUUUUGAGUUUCAGAAGCUGCCUUGAACGUAUGGUUUACUCUACUUAUUUCGUUUCUCUUGUUUCCACAAGCUUUAGCUGUUUCUUUAUCAUUGUACAGAGACUCCUCACACGUCCAAACAAAAAAAA